UUUGUGGCAGUCGAAAGUGAACAACGCAAAUUGUGAAAUAUUUACAUAAAAAUAUUAGUAAAAUUUAUUUUAAAAUACAUUUUAAGGUCAACAAUUAAAUAAAUUUCUACAAAACAAUAUGGGAGCAGUUUUAGGACUGUGUUCAGCAGCUCAGUGCGCCCUGUGCUGCACUGGCACAGCGGCUAGUAUGUGCUGCAGUGCCUGUCCUUCGUGCAAAAAUUCCACCUCCUCGCGUUUCAUGUAUGCCUUUAUGUUGCUGGUGGGCACCAUAUUAGGAGCGAUUGCUUUGUCGCCUGGCCUGCAGGGAACACUUAAAAAGCUACCAUUUUGUAUAAAUUCCACUUCAAGUGUUAGUUCUAAGGCUCUGGAUACAUUUUCGGGAGGUUCUCUACAAGUCGACUGUGAUUAUGCUUUGGGUUAUAUGGCUGUUUAUCGUAUUUGUUUUGGUCUGGCUUGUUUCUUUACUCUGAUGGCUUUGAUUAUGUUGGGUGUGAAAUCUUCGCGAGAUCCACGUUCUCAUAUACAAAAUGAAUUUUGGCCUUUGAAAUUUUUAAUUUGCUUUGGUGCAGCUUUCGGUGCCAUUUUCAUACCGGAUGGUUCGUUCAGUCCGGCUAUGAUGUGGGUGGGUCUGAUUGGUGGCUUGGCCUUCAUUUUGGUUCAAUUGAUUAUCAUUGUGGAUUUUGCACAUACGAUAGCUGAAAAUUGGAUUGAUAAUGCUGAAAAUAAUCGUGGUUAUUACUAUGCUUUGGUAAUUGUAACAUUGAUAAGUUAUUGUCUGUCCCUUGCUGGAAUUUCUCUACUCUACAUAUACUUUACCCAGAGCUCAGAGUGUGGCCUCAAUAAAUUCUUCAUCUCAAUUAACUUAAUUUUAUGUGUAUUGGUCAGUAUUGUUUCGGUUUUACCAGCUGUCCAAGAACGUUUACCCCAGUCUGGCCUGUUGCAAAGCUCUUUGGUGACAUUAUACACAAUUUAUUUGACUUGGUCCGCAGUAGCUAAUAAUCCAGAAAAAAUUUGCAAUCCCGGCAUGUUUAACAUUAUUGAAGGCAAUACGAGUGUUACCACCAUGGCUCCUCCAACACCCAAUUCGAAAGUUACAUUUGACACUACCAAUAUUAUUGGUUUAAUUGUAUGGAUGCUGUGCAUUUUAUAUAAUUGCAUAAGCUCGGCUGUUGAGGUUUCCAAAAUCAAUAAUACUGACGAAAAACGUGUUUUAACAGAAGUUUUAUCAGAUGCAGAAGCAGGUUCAGGCGAUACAAAAACUAAUGGUGAUAAUGAAUCUGAUGGUGUCACCUAUUCCUGGUCCACAUUUCAUAUUGUAUUUGUCUGUGCUUCGCUGUACGUUAUGAUGACACUGACCAAUUGGUACAAACCCAAUUCGGAUAUUGAAUUAUUUAAUGCCAAUGCUGCUUCCAUGUGGAUUAAAAUCAUAUCCAGCUGGUUGGGUAUAUUAAUUUAUGGCUGGAGCUUAAUAGCACCUGCUGUUUUAACCGAUCGUGAAUUUAGUUAAACUAUUUAGUUUAAUAACUAAACCCCAUAAAAUAACUCUUAACUCUGCAGAGUAUUAUAAUAUAUUGAAAGUCUUUAAUGGCUUCUAGUAGUUCUAGUAACAAAAAUUUAAAUUAUACAUCAAAAUCUUUUUUUUUUAAAUUAUCUUAAUAAUUAUUGUUGGUUUAUAAAAUGGAUCACAAAUCGUUUAAAAAGGAUAAAAUAUUGUAUUCAUAAUCUCUAUAUGUAUUGUUUCCAAUUAAAACUUAAUAUAAAUACAUACAUACAAAUAUCGCAUCGUAUUCAAAAUGUUUAAUUGUAUUUAACAAUAAAAUAUCAAUUUAAAUAACAA